AUGGGCAAUCACUUGGUGUUGUACGGGUACACGCCAAACUAUACCCAAUGGGGCUACCAUGGUGAGCAAGAGGAUAGAGGAAGAGAGGAGGUCGUGCGAAGGCGCACGGACGACUAUGAUACGGGGUUCCAGGACAUGGUAGAUGACUUGGAGGAAGCACGCGUUCCAACGGAGGAAGAACCGGAGGCAACCUCUAAGGCCUAUCUUGAUAUGCUGGCGGAGGCAAGCACAGAUCUGCAUGCUCACACAAAGGUCAAUAAGCUGGAUGCCAUUGCUAGAAUAAUGGCUGUGAAGACCCAGUUCAACUUGAGCAGAGAAUUGUUUGAUGUGACGAUGGCAGUUAUCGGUAGUCUCCUCCCGGAAGGCCACCUUUUGCCUAAAAGCAUGUACGAGGUGAACAAAAUGCUUAGUGUACUUAAGUUGCCGGCUCAGUGCCUACAUUCAUGUAAAAAUGGGUGCACGGUGUUUGACAGAGAAUACGCGGAUGCCAAGCAUUGUCCCAAGUGCAAUUUCUCUAGGUAUGUCGAGGUAGACCACGGGAAGGGUCUGGUGAAGUCAAAAGUACCCCAUAAAGUUCUUAGGAUGCUUUCAUUCUCAGAAAGAAUUGGCCGGAUGAUGCUAUCCGACGUGCCUGGCAAAGCUGUGACGCAUCACAAACUGGGGAAGAAAUACAAAUACGACAAGGAUCAUAGGCUGAUGUUGACACAUCUGUCGGAUGGUGAAGCAUGGAAGGAUUUUGAUCGGAAGUAUCCGGAGAAAGCCGCGGAGCCUCGGAAUGUUCGAGUUGCCAUCGCAACUGAUGGGUUCAAUCCAUUUGGCAUGACGAGUGCCCCAUACAGCUGCUGGCCAGUGUUUGUAAUUCCGCUCAAUCUCUCUCCCGGAAUGAUAAUGCAACGGAAGUACAUGUUCUUGGCGCUGAUAAUUCCAGGACCAGAAUAUCCAGGGAAGAACAUUAUUGUGUAUAUGCGGCCCCUGAUGGAGGAGUUGAAAAGAGGUUGGGGGGAAGGGAUCAUGGUGUACGACAAAGCUACUAAGACAAACUUUAGGAUGGAUAUCUGGUUCCAGUUCUCCAUUCAUGACCACCCGGGGGGAUCUAUACUCUGCGGCAAAGGCUUGCAGGGGAAGUUGAUGUGGCCACACUGCAGGAUCGAUCUGGAGUUCUAUCGGCUCGCUCAUGGUCGCAAGUAUUGUUGCUUCGAUCUGCACAGGCGAUUCCUCCCGCCUAACCAUCCGUUCAGAGAAGACAAGAAGAACUUCAGGAAAGGUGUGGAUGCUCUUGUGCCCGACCCGACACAACCUCACAAGUUCCUGGGGUAUGGUGAUACACACAACUGGACUCACAAGUCAUGGUUCUGGGAGCUCCACUACUUCAAAGACAUUAUUCUUCCACAUUGUAUUGAUGUGAUGCACACCGAAAAGAAUGUCGCCGAAGCCCUUUUCAACACAAUUCUCAACAUUAUUGACAAGACGAAAGAUAAUCCGAAGGCUAGAAAAGAUCAAGAAAAACUUUGCGAUAGACCAUGCCAGGCAGCUAAUCUAAAGAGGGGAGUUAAUCCUGGCACCAUGCGAAUCAACGGCCUCAAGAGUCAUGACUAUCAUAUAUGGCUUGAGCGUUUGCUGCUGGUGAUGGUUCGAGGCAAUGUGUCGGAGGAUAUUUGGCGGGUGUUGGCAGAGUUGAGCAAUUUCUUCUGCCGGCUUUGUGCUAAAGAACUAUCUCCCACCUUGCUAGAAGAAAUGGAAAAACAAGCCCCCGUGUUGCUAUGCAAGCUAGAGAGGAUCUUUCCGCCGAGCAUGUUCGUGACGAUGCAACAUCUAAUUAUCCACCUCCCGUACGAGGCACAGAUGUGGGGCCCUGUGCAACAUCGUUGGAUGUAUGCCGUCGAGAGACUUAUGAAGACCCUUCGAGCUAAAGUAAAAAACAAAGCUAAAGUUGAAGCAUGCAUAUGGGAGGCAAGCCGUCUCGAGGAAGUGUCAAACGCAACGACGAGUUACUGUAGCUCCGAUAUUGCCACGCUGCAUAAUCCAGUCUCCCGCUACAAUCUUGGCAACCCUGAAGAUGAAUCCAAGCUGAGCCUAUUCAAAGGGCAACUUGGAACUUCUAAAGCCGAGAAAACAGUCACCAUGCCCUACCAAGAGUGGCGAUCCCUUACGUUAUAUAUCUUGAACAACCUCGACAAAGUCCAGCCGUACAUCAAGUAA